GAAGAAAGAAGAAGAAAAAUCAGAAUUGUUUUUUUGGCCAUUAACGCUAGCAUUUGGCUGUUAAUUACAUGGUGACUAUGUAAUUGAAGGUGUUUUCAGGACAGAGAUAAAAAAAGGAACUAUGAGAAGCAAUACCAAGGCAGGGAGAGGCAGCAAAGAAGUGAGUUUGAAGUGAAUUGGUAUAUAGGUCUCUGUUGUGUUGCCAAUAUUGGUUUUCUUUCUGCUGUGAUCUUCAUUUUUUCUGUUCUGAUGUCACUCCUGUCGCGUCGCAUCCAUCUUUGCCAAGACCAAGUGCCUCCUCGCCAGUUCUUGAAGCUCCUUUUUAAUUAAGCUGUGAACAAACCACUUUGGACUGGACCUGUCAACCGCUCCCUACCUACUACAGCAUCCUCGUCUGCUUCAUUUGGACGUUCACUUUCCAGAGCAUCCUGUACCGUCAUCCCUCACCGCAUCCUCUGCGCGCAGCGCGUAUGGAAGCUCUCUAACUCAAGCAUGGAUAAGUUCCAACACCAGCCACUGGGCUCUCUUUUAACCAAGAUAAAGAAGUCCCGCGUGUUUUUAGUUGGCGCAGGUGGCAUUGGUUGUGAGCUGCUGAAGAACCUUGUGCUCACCGGGUUUGGGGAAAUCCAUAUCAUAGACCUCGACACAAUAGAUCUCAGCAAUCUGAACAGACAAUUCCUCUUCAGACAGGAGCAUAUAAAAAAGUCCAAGGCAUUAGUCGCAAAGGAAGUCGCCAGCAAGUUUCGUCGAGAUGCCUCCCUCCACGCGUAUCAUGCCAAUAUUAAAGACCCGCAAUUCAAUAUUGAAUUUUUUGAGUCAUUUGAUAUCGUGUUCAAUGCAUUGGACAAUCUAGAUGCACGCAGGCACGUGAAUCGCAUGUGUCUAGCGGCAAACGUUCCUCUGAUUGAAAGCGGCACGACAGGUUUCAACGGUCAAGUGCAGGUCAUAAAAAAGGGACGUACCGAAUGUUAUGACUGCAAUCCGAAGCAAGUGCCAAAGUCAUUCCCGGUAUGCACAAUACGGAGCACUCCAAGUCAGUCCAUACACUGCAUCGUAUGGGCAAAGAGCUACCUAUUACCAGAGCUUUUUGGGGAAAGCGAAAGCGAUCCGGAGGAGUUCGACCAUUCUGAAGACGCCGAAAAUGCGGAGGAGAUUGCAAAUUUACAAAAAGAGGCUCAAGCUUUACUUUCUAUUCGGCAAUCAAUGGGGUCUGAUAAUUUUGCGGAAAAAGUUUUCACCAAGGUUUUCAAUGAAGAUGUGGACCGACUACGAAAAAUGGAGGAUAUGUGGAAGGCAAGAAAGCCUCCGCAACCCCUAUCAUUCGAUCCCUUACAGCAAGAAGCGACCGCGGUGGACUCAACUAUAUCUUCGGAUGACCAGAAAGUCUGGAGUCUGGUAGAGAAUUUCGCAGUUUUUAAAGACAGUCUUGGCCGUCUAUCACGGAGGCUGCAGGGACUCGAAUCUACAGCUGCGGAUGGACAUAAACCUAUUAUAACUUUCGAUAAGGAUGACGAGGACGCCCUCGAUUUUGUCACCGCAAGCGCGAAUCUCCGAUCUUAUAUCUUCGAAAUCGAAAUGAAAUCGAAAUUUGAGAUAAAACAGAUGGCUGGGAAUAUCAUACCAGCAAUUGCCACGACCAAUGCCAUGACAGCAGCAAUGUGUGUUUUACAGGCGUUUAAAGUGCUAAAGGACGAAUAUUCUAAAGCGAAGAUGGUCUUCCUCGAGCGGUCAGGCGCCCGCGCUAUAAAUACUGCAAAUACGAGCCCCCCUAAUCCUCAAUGCCCAGUCUGCAGCGUGGCGCAAGGAAGGAUUUCAAUCGACCUCCAAAAAGCAACACUGAAAGAUUUGGUUUACGAUGUUCUUCGUGGACAGCUUGGGUACGGUGAAGAACUCUCCAUCAGUAACCAGAUGGGGACCAUCUACGACCCGGAUCUCGAUGACAACCUACCGAAGAAACUUAAAGAUUUGGGAGUUUCAAAUGACAGUUUUCUCACGGUUGUUGAUGAGGAAGAUGAGAAUACUCGAGUGAACUUGGAUUUGCUUGUGUUUGAACGAUCAUCAACCGACACAACAGCAAAACCCAUCUCCCUCUCAACAGAGCUGGUCAUACCCAGAAAACCAGCCCUUGACAAUGCUAAUGGCGGGGUAAACGUCAAUGGGGCCAUCUUGCCAGCCAACGGAACCGUCACGGGAAAGCGGAAACGGGAAACAGACGAAAAUCUGGAAGACAAGGACGAUAAAUCGGCGAAGCGCCUUGCGAAAAUGUCCGUAGCGGCUGGUGACGGUGAUCUCCUUGAAAAGCCUAUCAUCCUAGAAGACGAUUCCGGAACUAUUCUGAUUGAUGAUGACUGAAAAUUGAGCCUCGAUUUCAACACGCAAAGGAAAUAAAAAAAUAAAACAAGCACGAUAAAAAUUUGGCACUCGCUAAGCUCUAGUUUCUUGAAUUGCAUUCGAUCGCAUGCAUGAGAAGUACAGCCUUCAUUACUUAGCUGUACUCGAGAUUCCAGCUUCCUCGAUGGGAAGCUCCAGCCCUUACCACCCCGUUCUCUUCCCCCUCUCUCCUUAUGUUGUACCCCUUCAAAUAUUGUGUAAUUGCAUACAUUCAUGUGCCCGCCAUUCACAGCGCAAUUUCUUUUCUACGGUGGAAAGAAAAAAUAAGAAAGGGAAAUAAAAAGCAUGCUAUGAACAGAAAAUUUCGCUUCUUCCCCUUCCCCUCUUUUUUAUGCCUAUUUUGCUUGUGAUAUUACCUUUGUUUCCUUUUCUUUUUCUUUCGGGAUAUAUGGUUGGCUGGCUAGGUAAGUAAACUCUUGGUAGGGAUGGAUAUAUUUUAUUUAUUUAUUUAUUUUUCUUCUCAUUUUUGUUUUCCACAUUGUCUGCAUUUCUACAGAGAUUUUGCAUAUCUGUGGAGCAGGUCGGCUGAUUUCAGGUUAAGCGGGGGAUGGAAAGUUGCAUUUGUGUCCAGCGGCUGCAUAUUGUGUUUUUUCUCAGAGGAUAAGAAGACGAACAUAAAAUCUUAGGUCGUUUUAUUGUGCUAAAAGCCCUGAAAUAGGAAUAUACACAGGUUUAGAAAGUAUUAUAUUCUCAUUGAUGUCUCUGCUCUGCUUCUAGACAUAAUUCCACCCGAUACCCUUACAUACGAUAAAAAAGUAUAUGGUACAUGCCUUUGAACCAAAAUAAAGCCGCUCUGAAACGUGAGAAUAACGCAAGCUCCAUUUCCUUUCUUUCCUUUAUUUAUUUAUAUAAGUUUCCUCCUCACCAUAUUAGCGCACGUCUACACCGCACUCAAUCCCCCAUCCAAAUUCAGCACGCAGUUAUUAGCAUACUGGUUCGUCGCGAGGAAAACUGCGGCAUCGGCAACUUCUUCCGGUGUGCCGAAACGAUGCAACGGAAUUGAUUGUAGCGCCUGCUCGCGCACUUUGGCGUUUAGGUCUUGAGAUUUUUGAAAAAAAAGAAAUGGGCAAACGUUAACUAUCUUCCCCGCCACUAACGUAACCAAACCAAAUUGAACAAGAAGACUGGAUAUCAUACCCUCAACCAUCUUCGUCUCAAUAUACCCCGGCACAAUGACAUUGGCUCGCAACCUCGCCCAUUCCCUUGCGCCUGCGCUCUCCGCUGCGAUCGCGCGCGUCAGCGCUACUACGCCUGCCUUCGUGGAUGCAUACGUCGCGGCGCCCACGGCACCCCCCUUCAUGGCGUGGAGCGAGGAUAUGUUAAUAAUGCAUUUCGUGAAAGGGGUUUUAUUGGUGGCGUUUUCGUCUGUGAAUUUUUGGCGGGAUGGGGACCGCAUUGCGCGCCGUGCCAUGGUUCGGCAGGCGAAGAUUGUGCCUUGGAGGUUUGUGUGGAGCAUGGUGGUGAUGUGUUCGUCUUUAGUUAGCGGGAAGAGGGAGGUGUAGGAGAUUCCAGCGGCGUUGGUGAGGAUGUCGACGGUGUCCUGUGCGUGAUUUUUGUGUUUGUAUUAGGCCUAUACAGAAAACAGAGGUUCAGUUUGUCUAAAGGUGUAUGACAUAUAGAUAUAUAUACCAUUAAUUUCUUAAUCUCAUCACCCCAGAAAGCUGGGUUUCCG